UGUCAAAGUCAAAAUUCAAUCGCAAGAUGGCGAGAUCAUGUUUUUGGUUUCUUUGUUUUGUUUGGGAAUCUAAUGUGAAUUACCGAUAUAUUGAAGUGGUAUCGGCAUAUGAAGCUAAAUUCUAGCAGCGUUAAGUGAAUUAGAUACAGGAAUAAGUGUUUUCACUUCAUUAUUAUAUAUCUCAAAGAUGGUCCUGAGAAAGUGUAGUAUACUACACUGUAUAUCAUGUUCGACUAGAAAGGAAGAUAUUGGUGUUACUUAUCACAAGUAUCCAAAAGAUGUUUCCUUGAGGGCAGUUUGGGCUGAGGUUUCUAAAAUUAAAAUCAGAGACAUACAACUCACGACAUAUGUUUGCUCGCGACAUUUCCGCAAAAGCGAUUUCCAAAUGUACAAGGAUUCUAAAUAUGUCCUUAAGUCAGAUUCCAUACCUUCAAUAUUUCCUUGGACAACAAUGGACACCGACACAGAUUCUUCCAAAGCUGAUGACACAAACACUGAAAGUGUAGCAAGUAAAACUGUAACCGACAAUGUCAUUAUGGAGACUGAUGAUGAAACUAAAGAAAUAAAAGCUCUAAAUAGCAGCAAGGAAUCUGAUGGGGAGAAUUUAGAUGCCAUUAGAAAGUACAUUGAGGAACAAGAAAAGGAGAUACAAGAACUCACUGCUCAGAGUAGUGAAAAGAAGAAUGAGGAAACAAAGAAAGUUGCAGAAGUCAAGGAAAUUAAAUCCAGUACAGAAGAGACCAUGGAUGUAGCAUCAAGCAUGAUGGAUAUGAUUCUGAGUGAGUCUGAAGCAAGGAUAGCUAAAAAAGAUGGGGGCGAUCAAAUCAAAGGCUUGUCAACACCUGAAAAAGGUAGCAGUAGUGUGGCAUUGUCUGUCGGUUCCCAAGUGGAAGCUAAAGAUUUUGCUGAGUUCUGGCACCCAGCCGAAAUCAUGGAAGUUGAUUAUGAUGAAAUGGAAGUGUUGGUACGCUAUGACAAUCCAGCUAAGAGCAGACAUGAUGAAUGGAUAAGUGUGAGCAGUCCCCGGCUAAGACCUCGAGGCACAUCGGAAGCACUUCCAGGGGAAACUCCUCAAAUAGACACUGCUCCUGAAGGAACUCCACAGGAUAUGACAGCAGCUGCGACUAUACCAGAUCCGCAGGCAGUUACAGAGGAGUUGAAAGUGGAAGACAAAGUUAAACUGACUUUUGUUGUUGGUGAGAGAUGCUUGGCUCGUUGGCGGGACAACAGGAGGUUCAUGGCUACUAUUACUAAGGACUUGGGUGAAGGAAAAUACGAAAUCGCUUUUGACGACGGUUUUCAAUGGAAAUGCGCAGUAUCGAGGUUGUGUAAAUACAAAGAGAAUCUCAGUGUGGACACAGGUUCAUUAACCCCAAGUGCUUCAGUCCCAUCGCCAAUUCAACACGGAGUUGGGCCGAGUGGCGCCCCGCUGCUCCCCGCAUACCACACACACCUUUUUGACCCCAACCGUGAUUACUUAGGAUCCAAGAGCGAGAGACGUGAAAUGAAACGCAAGUUGAAUGUGAAGGAGUUGUUCAAUAUCGGUCAGAAGAAACGAAAGAAAAUACCAGAAGAAAAACCACAGAAGGUCAUGACGCCGAAGAAGCAGAAGGUCGUAAAGAAGAAAAUUACCCCAUCAAAACCUGAUAGUAAGAAAAAGGUGUCAAGGAAUGAUAUUCCUGAGGCAGUAGCUUCAAUUAUAGGAACAGUUAACGAGGAACUAGAACAGAAAGAUAAAUUAGAUUCCACAGCUGCUGAAUCUGUAGUUACAGAGGCGAAAGAUGAUAUUAAAGAUAAUAUGGAUGUGGAAAAUGAAAUCGUAGAAACUUCUAGCGAAAUUACCAUUUCUGAAACAGAAGGAAAGGCACAGGAACUUGAUGUUGUUACCCAUUCCCAGAUUGAUACAACAGUUGCUAAUAAUGUUUUAUCAACAUCAGUAAAUGAUAAUUCUAUUUGUGAAAAUGCAGCUGACAUGUUAACUAUUGAAAAUGAAGCAUUAGUUAUUGGGAACAAUGAAUCAAGUCCCGAAAAGGACUCACCUUGUGCCGUUGCCAGUGAAACAAUAAAAACAGAAGAUUUAGUUGAUAAAACUGAAACUGUUGGUGAAACACAUAAGACUAUACCAGAAGAGGAGCUGAAGCUUGAGAUAUUCGAGAAACAAGACGAAGUGAAGCACGAGGAGGUCAUAGACAAAAUAAAAGAGGUCAUUACAAAAAUAGAGGGUGAUUUGAACCACGUACAAGUCGAGUCGCCCAAAGCUGAAAUUAAAAUUGAGGGCAUAAAAGAGGAAGCAAGAGAGAAAAGUAAAAAGUUGUCGAAAAUAAAGAAAGGUAAAAAGUUGAGGUUGUUACAGGAGAAGAAGGUGAAGAAGCAGGUGGAGAAAGUGAAGAAUGAGCUGGAAGAGAUGAAGCGGCAGGUUGAAGAAAUGAGGAAGCAGAUGUUGAUGAAGACUGGUGGGGUUGAGGGGGAGGGACCCAUGCAGAUGCCCGAGAGCUUCCUGUUGCCUGGAGAGUGGUGUUGCAAGUGGGUCAACGGCCAGCCCGUGGGAAAAGUGUGUGAAUUGGAGUCUGACCCACGCGAAGAAGCUAAAGGGGGUCUGCCGAGGAGAAGUGUGCAAGUUGAAGAUAAACGGUUACCUGAGGGCUGGACUAAACACAUGGUUCGAAGGAGUCUGGGACAUUCGGCGGGGAAAUGGGAUGUGGUUUUAGUUAGUCCCGACAACCGUCGAUUUCACACGAAGACGGACAUGCGCAACUACCUGGAGAACAACCCCGAUGAGGAGCUGAAGCAAUACGAGCACGCGCUCAUGGACUUCGGAGUACACCUCAAGCUGUCGCGGAGGAUGGGCUGGUUCACUACCACACCAGGUGGCACAGACGAUAUACCCGUGAUGACCCUCCCGGCCGGCACGCUGAACACGACGUCGCCGCUCGUGAAGCGGAGGAAGCUCAGCCUCAAGAACAGGCCGCGGCAGAUCAAGAUCAAGAUGAAGGAGAAGAAGAGGAAGCCGGCGCGGAAGGGCUACGAAAUCCCUUCGGCAGAGCAUUUAGGAGCAGCUGGAUCAGCAGACGGAGAAUACAUGGUGGUCGACACUUCCGCGCCUCUCCCGCCGAGUGACCCGCCUUUAGAAGAUGGUUACGUAUAUGUCGGCUCACUAAAAGUACAAAUCAUCGAGAAUCUUCUCCGCUGUCCAGCUGAGGGUUGCUUUAAAAACUUCAGGAAUAACACCCUCAUAAAAAUGCACAUAAAGCAUUACCAUAGAGAGCUCCGAAAGAUGUUGGGUAGAACGCCUAAAGUAGCAGAUUUGGCGUCCGCCAGAGCAUUACCAACGGACGUGCCGCUUCAAAAAGGCAGAGAACCAGAAUUAAAGACACUUAAAGUCAAAAUCGCAAAAAUACACAAUAAAGAAAUAAAGAAUACAAUAAAGAAAGAGGAGCCGAAACAAGAAGUGAAACUUGAAUUACCGAUAGAAACACCAACAACUCCAGUGAAAGACAUUGAAAUGCCUAAGCAGGAUUCACCAAAAUUGAGACACGCUUUAGUGAAUAAACCAUUGAAAAGGCCCAGAGUUUUAUUGCCAGUACGAAGGGCUGAGCCCGAGUUUGAGCCUGUUGAAGAGAUCGAGGAAGCCAUAUCGGAGCCGAUGCAAAUGAUUGAUAUACAAGAUUUCGAAGCUGCUAUUUCCACACAUACAGUUACAAAACCCACUAAUUUUGAUAAGAUUAAAGUUAUAAGUGAGGAUGAUGAGUGGUAUGGCAUGAAUUCUGAUGUGGACACUCAAUCGAGUUUCCCAAGGUCCGGGAGCCCUGAUUCAAAGAGUAUGGACCAGAAGCCGGUGUCGUCAGAAUCUAAUGAGGAACACCAGAAGGAUAUGGAUAAUUACACUUACACUGAAAAUGGUGAACGCAUCAAAAUCGUGCACAUGAAGCGAGAAGAGAUAAUAAACUGCCACUGUGGUUUCCGAGAAGAGGACGGACUAAUGGUGCAGUGUGAAUUGUGUUUGUGUUGGCAACACGCGCUCUGUCACAACAUUCAGAAGGAGUCUGAGGUUCCAGAGAAAUACACGUGCAGCAUAUGCCUGAACCCGUGGCGCGGUCGGCGCUCGAAGCGGUUCGUGCACGACCAGGACCGGCUGUACGAGGGCGCGCUGCCGGGCGGCGGCGGGGGCGGGGGCGCGGGCGCGGGGGGCGGGGGCACCAACGCGCGGCUGCGGCGGGCGCACGAGCUGGGCGGCAACCUGCUGCGGCUGCAGGACGCUCUGCACGCGCUGCAAGUCAAGUACCACGUCGCUGUUAAGAAAGAUCACCCAAAACUUUACCUCUGGGCCAAAGACUGGGAGAACGGAGACAUCAACAUGACUCAGGAGCGACUCAACUCGGAGUACUCGGACCUGAACAUCAUGUUGAACUCCAUCGGCAAGGAGAACAUGAGGAUCAAGGUCGACGACCUCAAUAACAUUGAUAUGGACCAUGACAGAGUAAGCCAGCGCGAUGGCCUCAACCCCGUGGUGCUGAGCGGGCUGGUGUCCAGCCCGGGCGCGCUCGAGCUGCCGCUGUCCGGCUCCGAGCUCGAGCGCCUCGCCGGCGACGCGCAGGACGAACAAGAGUUACCCCGCGGGCCUCAACCUGAAGCAGCUAUAGAGAACGGUCCGUGCCGAGAACGUUUGCUGCGACACAUACAACGAUGUCAAGCUAUCAUCGACGCUAGGUUGGACUCCAUCGAGGCCCAGGUGGCAGAGCUAGAAUCUCAAGACCCAUCAUUUGAAGAUGACGAGACAGCCGACUACUUCCCCCGCACCAAGCAGACCAUACAAAUGUUGAUGAGGGACCUGGACACUAUGGAAGAACUUGGUGCCAGUUAAUGAAAUAAAGCAUAUGAUCAUUCUAUUUUUUUCUAACAAGAUGUCGAUGUUUUUUGAGACAUUAU